AUGGGCAUGAAACACUCCUCCCGCUGCCUGCUCCUAAGGAGGAAAAUGGCGGAGAACGCUGCCGAGAACGCCGCCGAGGUGAGCAGUACCCCCUCUCAGCCCCCUCAGCCUGUGGUCCCAUCCAAGCCUGUGCAAUGUGUCCAUCAUGUGUCCACUCAACCCAGCUGUCCAGGACGGGGCAAGAUGUCCAAGCUGCUGAACCCAGAGGAGAUGACCUCAAGAGAUUAUUACUUCGACUCCUAUGCCCACUUUGGGAUCCACGAGGAAAUGCUGAAGGACGAGGUGCGGACGCUCACUUACCGGAACUCCAUGUACCACAACAAGCACGUGUUCAAGGACAAAGUGGUGCUGGACGUCGGGAGCGGUACCGGGAUCCUCUCCAUGUUUGCUGCCAAAGCAGGGGCCAAGAAGGUGUUUGGGAUUGAAUGCUCCAGUAUUUCUGACUACUCAGAGAAGAUCAUUAAGGCCAACCACUUGGACAACAUUAUCACCAUAUUUAAGGGUAAAGUGGAAGAGGUGGAGCUGCCUGUGGAGAAGGUAGACAUCAUCAUCAGCGAGUGGAUGGGCUACUGUCUCUUCUAUGAGUCAAUGCUCAACACGGUCAUCUUUGCCAGGGACAAGUGGCUGAAACCUGGAGGGCUUAUGUUUCCAGACCGGGCAGCUUUGUACGUGGUAGCAAUUGAAGACAGACAGUACAAGGACUUCAAAAUCCACUGGUGGGAGAAUGUCUAUGGCUUUGACAUGAGCUGCAUCCGGGAUGUUGCCAUGAAGGAGCCCCUGGUGGACAUCGUGGACCCAAAGCAAGUGGUGACCAAUGCCUGUUUAAUAAAGGAGGUGGACAUUUACACAGUCAAGACGGAAGAGCUGUCGUUCACGUCUGCCUUCUGCCUGCAGAUCCAGCGCAAUGACUACAUCCACGCCCUGGUCACCUAUUUUAAUAUUGAAUUUACCAAGUGCCACAAGAAAAUGGGGUUUUCUACAGCCCCUGAUGCCCCCUAUACCCACUGGAAGCAGACCGUCUUCUACCUGGAAGAUUACCUCACCGUCCGGAGGGGGGAAGAGCUCUAUGGGUCCAUCUCCAUGAAGCCAAAUGCCAAAAAUGUGCGAGACCUUGAUUUCACAGUAGACUUGGAUUUCAAAGGACAGCUGUGUGAAACAUCUGUAUCUAAUGACUACAAAAUGCGUUAG